AAAGCAAAGAGAAAAAAGGAGCUAAAGUCAGUAUCAACUGCCCUUUUUUGUCUUGCUUAAUAGACGUUUUCAAGUUUUGAUGUGAGUUAACGCCUAAGCCAAAUCCAAUGUCCUUUUCCUGCUUUACACCCUCUUUUUGCAUUCUUCUUGACACGUGCUUCCUCUUUCUCUUUCUCUUUCUCUUUCAGUAUACACUCUAGUUUAAUAUCAUGAAAACCAUGAAUGAGCUAGUGUGGGAUGGGAUUCAAGCAGCUGUAUUCAAAAGGCCCUUCCUCUCUCUUUCUCUCUUUGCUUUCUUUUGUGACCCCACAGCCUAUAUAUACACAUACCUCCUUCACUUGUUUUCUUCACCACUUAGAACAAUUGCAGUAAUACAUGGCAUUCAAUUUCAUGUUUUCUUUAUUUGCUUCAAUCUUCUUCGUUUUUCUCUUCCGUUCUCUUCUUAAAUUCUUCAAAUCCAAUAGCCGGGAACUACCUCUCCCUCCAGGCACCCUCGGUUGGCCUUACAUCGGUGAAACCUUUCAGCUCUACUCCCAAAACCCAAAUCUCUUCUUUGCUUCAAAGCAAGAGAGGUAUGGUUCCAUAUUCAAGACCCACAUACUAGGCUGUCCUUGUGUGAUGAUUUCGAGCCCAGAAGCUGCAAAAUUCGUGCUCGUAACCAGAGCCCAUCUCUUCAAGCCAACAUUUCCAGCAAGUAAAGAAAGGAUGUUAGGCAAACAAGCCAUCUUCUUUAGCCAAGGGCAGUACCAUGCCAAAUUGAGGAAGCUUGUUCUCCGUGCAUUCAUGCCUGAAGCCAUCAAAAGCAUCGUCUCCAGCAUCGAAUCCAUUGCCAAAGAUUCCCUCCAGUCAUUGGAAGGGAGGUUGAUAACCACUUUCCAAGAAAUGAAAACAUACACCUUCAAUGUUGCGCUACUAUCAAUAUUUGGAAAGGAUGAAGUGCUUUACAGAGAAGAUCUAAAGAGGUGCUACUACAUUCUUGAGAAGGGUUACAACUCGAUGCCCAUUAACCUUCCUGGUACACUUUUCAACAAAUCAAUGAAGGCAAGGAAAGAGCUUGCUCAGAUUCUAGCCAAAAUUAUAUCAACCAAGAGUCAAAUGAAGCUCGAUUGCAAUGACUUGCUCGGGUCUUUCAUGGGUGACAAAGAAGGCCUCACCGAUGAACAAAUUGCUGACAACAUUAUUGGCGUUAUCUUUGCUGCUCGGGACACCACCGCUAGCGUACUGACAUGGAUAAUUAAGUACCUUGGAGAAAACCCGAGCGUUCUUCAAGCUGUCACGAAGGAACAAGAGGCUAUAAUGAGAGGUAAAGAGAAGUGCGGUGAGGAGCACACUCUUACUUGGGCAGAUACAAAGAAGAUGCCAAUAACUUCUAGGGUGAUUCAGGAGACACUUAGGGUUGCUUCAAUUUUAUCUUUUACCUUCAGAGAAGCGGUGGAAGAUGUUGAAUAUGAAGGGUAUCUUAUACCAAAAGGAUGGAAAGUUUUACCACUUUUUAGAAACAUUCACCACAACCCAGAAAUCUUUCCAGAUCCUGAGAAGUUUGAUCCCUCAAGAUUUGAGGUUGCUCCAAAGCCCAAUACGUUUAUGCCAUUUGGCAAUGGAACCCACUCCUGUCCAGGGAAUGAGUUAGCCAAGCUGGAAAUUAUGGUCCUCCUCCAUCAUCUGACUACAAAGUACAGGUGGUCUAUGGUGGGUACAAACAGUGGGAUACAAUAUGGUCCUUUUGCUCUUCCCCAGAAUGGUUUGCCAAUCAGAUUAAUCGGAAAAUCAUAGCCUAAGAGUUAAGAGUCCCCAACGACUCCAGGCCAGGGAAUUCUCAAUUUUAAAAUAUAUGUAGGCAACACAGCAGCAGGCUUGAUGAAGCAAAGAAGGCAAAGCCCCAAAGGAAGUUCCUAGAUUGAGGAGAAAGAAAGAAUUAAAGCUUUUAUCUCUUUUUGGCCAAAAGACAACCAAAAGAAGAGUCUCUCAUCCCAUAACACAAAAGGAGACCUCCAAGUGUACAGAAGAGUCUCAUCCCAUAACACAAAAAUGGAAAAGGAAAAUCUGCAAGAAAAAUGACCAAUGGUUUUUACGUGUGUUCAUUUGCUUAAUUCAUCAAGUCCGCAAGGCAAAAUAAAAAGAGAGAAUCAAUUAUUGAAAAUUUGAUUGAUACUUAUAGUACUAGCUAGCGUACAAACUGACCUAUAAUCAUCUGUUUACUCUUAUCAGUAAUGAUUAUUGGUUUUAAUUUGCUCUCUGCAGUGCAAUAAUUAUAUAUAUAUAUAGCAAUUA